UUGGCCCAAGCCGGAUCGCAGCGAUUGAUCCACUUGGCCCCUGGAGCUUUUCAGGCAAAUCCAGGGUGACCAUGGAAGAGAAGGGCCACACCAUCAGCGACUUUAACCUGGAUGAGUUAGAGGUUGGCAAACAACGCAGUCUUGAGAAGAUGCAGUGGCGAAAUGAGAAACGCGAGGAGAAACGCUACAUCCUGCAGACGUUUUUGGAAUCUCACAAGUUUGGGAAAGAUGUGAAUGAACCUCGGAUCCGGAAGGGUUGCUUCCUGUUUUCGAAGCCAAAGGAGGUGCUUUAUCCCCUUCACAAGGCGGCUGAACUUGGCGACGCCGAGAUUGUCCGGCUGCUGCUGGCAGCUGGGGCGGACCGGGAGCAACGCACCUCCAAGGGGCGCACGGCCGAGAUGAUCGCGCUGGAAGAAGACCUCCUGGGAAGUCACAAGGAGGUCCUGAUGCUUUUAGCCAGCCAGAUCAAAGUUAUGCCUCUGCGGGAAGCGAUCAAGCUGAUGGAGGAGCAGAAGUGCCUAUAGAAUACGUCGAGUUGCGGUGUCAAUGACUGCGCUGAAAAAGCGCGGGGUUGGCGUCACGUUCGACGACUUUUGUGCUGGAUGUUCAUCCGACUGGGAGAAACCACAACCAAUUCUGGGGCUUCAUGAUUUGGAUCGUU